GCAUAUCGUCUUCAUGCGAACGGUUCGUCGCGAUUUGAAAUGCGACGCCGUAGCGCCGGUAUACCUGUAUCUGGCCUGUAUCUACUACGCAACUUCCGCUAACUCGCUGCUGAGCAAAAUGGACGCCUUUGUGUCUGUUUUCUUCGUAUUCACACUAUAAAUACUGUUUUCCCGGCGAUGCACCACCUUUGACAUGGCGAUGUUUACGCGGUGUCGCGAGAAACGUAAGUGAAAAUCGUGCGGUGCCGCGGAGCUGUGUGGGUUCACUGGUGAUCGACGUGGAAACGUGUCCAAACCAAAUAGGCCACAACCACGGAUGACAAUUGAGUGAAUAUCAUCACGACGAAAACUUUUGCGAAACAGAUUCUCCACGAAGGGACCGUUUGUUUUGACGGAUUUCAAGCGAACGUCGAUGGUUUCUGUACGUUGAACGAGCCAGGGUACUUGGAUAUCGACGCACCUCCCGCCAAAAUUCCAUUCACUGCUCGCAUUCUGCAGUAUAAAUAAUCGUUGCGCGUAGCUGGGUAAGGCAAUUGACACGAAACUUCGUACCAACGGAAUCGCAUUCACACAGGAGGCUUUCCAGGCUAUGGUAUCGUCCUAAGGCCAUGUUAUCAUACGUAUGAUGUUGGAUGGUAGAUAUCCAACAACCGAAGGACAGGAAAUUACAACUAACAAUGGACCGUUUGUUGGAGGAUCCUCGAGCUUCGUCAAAAUUCGGUUGAUAUUUUCCGGUGCAUCAUGGGAACUUAAAAGAGACUUUGUUAAGUUCCCAGUAUACGCCUUAGUGCUAGUGUUCUUUAACGAGCGUUAGAAACGAUUCUGUUAGACGGUGAAAUAAUUUUUAUGUCGGAAUGUCUUGAGAAUGAGAGUGUAAAGAUUUUUAACAAUGAUUUCUUUGAACAUUUGUGAGAACAGUGCAUUUAGAUAUGUUCUGUUGAUUUAUAUUUAUCAUAUACUGUGAACAGAACUUCUGUAAUAUGUUAGUGCAGUGUUCGUUACGUCGGAUAAUUCUAUGAACCUCAGAAUACGCGUAAGGACACUGGACCUAAUUUUAAUAAUAUUUUUUGUCCAGGCUGUAAUGCCAGAACAAAUCAAAUUCAAGAUGAACGGGGUUAUACCGAGUGUGCCAAUCACAACUCUCGCUGGUAUUGCGAGUCUCACCGACUUGUUACCUGAAAUGCCCCUUCCAACACCGUUGCCGCAGACGUUGACUAACAAGUCCCUGCUGUUUCAUCCGAGAGUGGCAGAAGAAGCACAAAUACUUCUAAGUGUUCGCAACGAGAGCUUAGUGCCCCAAUUAAUAUUAUCUUUGUCGCAGACGUCGUCCGAUCAUAUUGAACUGAAAGACAAUUAUGCGAAUACCGAGCAGCCUUUAGAGACGGAGCAAAAUACUCCAGAAUUAUUGAAGGCAAUUUUACAAAUAAAUCCUCAUGUAUUCAAGGGCCCUCAGUACAAUUCACCACGAAACUGGACGCAAGGAACACCUAUGAUGCAUACGAAUCAGUCAUCUGCGAAUUACGGACGUUUCUCCCCGUCUUACUCGAGUUCUUCAGGGUCGAGGCAAACCCCGCAAGGUAGUCCAGCUCAUCCCGCCGCUGCUAGAACAGUGCUACCCCCGCCUACUGGCAUCAACCCCCUACCUAAUAUGACACCGCAACCAAAUAUGUAUUCUCCAGCACAUAUGAGUUCACCUGGUACGCCACUGACAACGCUAGGCAACGUAACACCUCAACAUCAUAACAUGGCUGGCAUGACGCCGCAACACAACAUGCACAUGGCAUCGCCCAUGCGCGCGCACAUGCCUAUGCCACAGCAUCAAACCAUCAACAUGCAGCAAAAUAUCUACGAUCCUAUGAUGAAUCAACAAGUACAUCAUCCGCUGGGAACUCACCAACCGAUGGACAUAGACAGUACCACGCAAGAGAACCAACAGUUCUUGCUCGAUCCAGUAACAGGUCUUCCCGACAUUGACUUACCGAUUGAGAAUAUCGAAGCGAAGCAAAGCUUGGAUAACGCAACGCAAAACUUAUUGUCAGCGUCGCAAACCACAUCUUUCCCAACCAUCGACACUGGUGACAUAGUCAAUACUUUGAACGCUGCCGCGACACCGAUAAUGCAGCACCAGCAGAACAACAACUCGGAGAAAGUAUUGAAAGCGCCGCCAGUCUCUUUGCCAGAGAAAUUAAAAGAGCCGGUGGUAAUGUUGGACAGACUAUCGUUAGCGGAUCAGGCUCUGAUGCAGAAGAGUUUGGCUGCGUUUGCCGAGAAAUCGCCGAGCCGGGCUGCGAAAAUGGGGAUUUCCAACCGCGACGAGGCGAAGUCGGAUUCUGAAAGCGAGGAGGAAAUUGGUAAGAACAAUAAAUAUUUUAAAGCGCGCGCGAAAGAGCGACAAGUUCAGAGAGAAAAGGAGAAAGCUGAGAGGAAGAAGAGCGAAGAUAAGACUCGUAGACGAAGGAGGAUAUUGGACGACGACGAGGAUGAGGACGAAGACGACAAAAAGGACCUCUCGCCCUCGAAACCAAAAAUAAGGAAGAUCGAGAAGAAGCUUGUCCCGGUGUUAGCUAAGCUUAGCGUAGAGGAGCUGAUGGAAACCAAUACGUAUCAACGUUUCAAUACGACCAUAGAGACGAUAUUCGAGAACACAGAAGACUUCACGACCAACGCCGAGUUCGAAGACGACGGUGAUGUGCCUCCAGAGUUGUUAAUUCCUAAAUAUCAAUUACACGAUUUAUGUACAGAAGCAGCCAAGCUGAAAGCGUUAGGUGCGAUGGAAUCCAUUCCCGCGGACAGAUUGGUUAGAUUAUUGAAUAUCUUGGAGAAGAAUAUUCGAGACGGAGCUAAAGUAUCCCCGCUCGCUGAUCCUGACGACGACAUCGACGAAAGUCGGCUAUGGACGCAGUUAGCUAUGGAAAGGGUGCAGCGCGCUGUAGACGCAUCGUUGAUCGCGUUACACAUUAUGACGUCUAGUAACAUGCCAAAAAUGGUUUAUUUAGAGGAUGUGAUCGACAGAAUAGUCCUUUUUAUGAAAUUUCAGUUGCAGAAUACGAUUUAUCCCUCUUUCGAUCCUGUUUACAAAAUAGAUACGAAACGAAACAAGACUGACAGUUAUAAUUCUAGUGGUCGUAAAAAGAGGGGUCACAUGAAAGAGGUCCGCGAGAAAAGUAUUCUUCAGGUAUAUAACAAAAUGCACGAGUUAGUUGGUCUUCUUGCAGAGUUAUUGAAUAUUCAAGUUCUAACGGACACGAGCGUUUUACAUGCGUCUACGCUGGGCGUUGCACCAUUUUUCGUCGAGUCUGUUAGCGACCUUCAAUUGAGCGCUUUGAAGCUGGUCACGGUUAUAUUCACGAAAUACGAGAAGCACAGAAGAUUGUUGCUCGAUGAUAUCUUGGCGUCCAUAGCGCGACUUCCUAGCAGCAAACGUAGCUUGAGAACGUACAGGUUAAAUUCCGAGGAUCAUAUACAAAUGUUAACGGCGCUGGUUUUGCAACUCAUCCAAUGCGUGGUUGUGUUGUCUGACAAUAUCAUUCCUCAGCCAAAGAAAUUAUCGGAUGAGGAGGAGAAGAAGGACGAGAAGAAGACGAAUCACUUCGACGCUGACGUUCUGAUCAUCAACAAGUACGAAACAGCGACUAGAAUAGCGGGGAAUUUUUUAACAGUGUUCCUGAAUAAAUGUGGCAGUAAGGGAGUGGAGAUCGAUUAUAGACCGUUGUUCGAAAAUUUCGUGCAGGAUUUGUUGGCCACAGUGAACAAACCCGAGUGGCCAGCAGCUGAAUUACUUCUCAGCUUGCUUGGAAAUCUGCUGGUGGGUCAUUUUUCCAACAAGAGCUCCGAUAUGGCGCUGAGAGUGGCAUCCAUCGACUACUUGGGCGUCGUUGCGGCUAGAUUACGAAAAGACGCGGUGAGUUCGCAAUGCAAACUAUCUACCAUCGAUCAGAUUAUAAAGGAUAUAAAGAUCGAGCAGCAGAAGGAUUCUGAUUACGAUCAAGUGAAGGAUAAAGAGAUCACGGGCUUGAGCGAGGACGAGGAGAGGACUGUUUUUUUACAGAAGGUACUUCUGGAUUAUCUGGCGGUAAAUGGGACAAAGGAUUCGGCGUUGGGUUACGCUCGUCAUUUUUAUUUGGCCCAGUGGUACAGAGAUUGCGCGGUGGAGAAGUCGAGGGUUGGCCAGGUGAAGAACAGUCCCAGCAAAAAGAUACACAAGAAGAGGGUAAAAAAGAAAAAUAAACACCACUCGAGCGACCAGGAGUCCGAUUCUGAGAUGGAGGAAGCGGACGCGGACGAGAACGACAAUAACGAACAGAAGAACUCGGAGGCUUACAGGAUUAUAGAGGAGAAGAAGAAAUACAUCGUGAGUAGAAUAAGGCCGUGCAGCACGGGGACGAAGCCAGACAUUCUUCAGACGUACAUCGACUACAAUUCGGCGGAGCUUAUAUCGCAAUACCUCGCCUCGAAGAGGCCGUUCUCGCAGAGCUUCGAUAGAUAUCUCAAGCAGAUCCUUCACGUGUUAACGGAGUCGUCGAUAGCGAUUAGGACAAAGGCCAUGAAGUGUCUGACGAUGAUUGUCGAAGCUGAUCCAAGCGUGUUAGCGCGAGUGGACAUGCAGAUGGGUGUAAAACAUUCGUUUCUAGAUCACGCCACGUCUGUGAGAGAAGCAGCCGUCGACUUGGUAGGGAAAUUUGUACUAAGUAGGCCAGAAUUAAUAGAUAAAUAUUACGACAUGUUGUCAACUAGGAUUCUAGACACCGGUGUAAGCGUACGAAAACGCGUGAUCAAAAUUCUGAAGGACAUCUGCAUUGAAUGUCCAGACUUCCCCAAGAUUCCGGAGAUCUGCGUGAAGAUGAUCCGGCGAGUGAACGACGAGGAGGGUAUUAGGAAAUUGGUGAUGGAAGUGUUCCAGAACAUGUGGUUCACCCCCGUCAGAGAACGUCCCACCCUGGAUUCCGAGUCGCUGUUGAGAAAGGUAAUGAACAUAACAGACGUCGUGGCAGCUAGCAAAGAUAUGGGCCUCGAAUGGUUCGAACAGCUGCUGGUAAGCUUGUUCAAGCCAAAGGAGGACAAAGACGAUAGUACAAAGAUGCAAACCGAGCCCCCCAAGGCGCUGCUGACCGCGUGCAAGCAGAUCGUCGAUUGCCUGAUCGAGAACGUUCUCCGACUGGAAGAGACGAAUCUGGAGGCUGAGAAAUCGGAAAAGAAGGGAUCCUCGCAAAGACUGGUCGCCUGCUUGACAACCCUGUAUCUCUUCGCCAAGAUACGUCCUCAGCUGUUGGUGAAUCACGCCAUCACGUUACAGCCUUACCUGAGUCUCAAGUGUCAGACGCAGGGGGAUUACCAGAUCAUCAGCAGCGUCGCGCACACCCUGGAGCUUGUCGUGCCGCUGAUGGAGCACCCCAGCGAAACUUUUUUAGCCCAGCUGGAAGAGGAUUCCGUCAAGUUGAUUUUACAGCACGACAGGUCGGUCGUCGCCAGCUGUUUGUCCUGUUUAGGUUCCAUAGUUAACAACGUAACGAGAAAUUUUAAAUUAAUACGAGACUGCUUUAAGAAAUAUUACGGACAUCUGACCGAGUACAAAUCGCACUACGAGAAGGACCCCACGAAUCCUGUCCUCCUCAAGUACAGGCCUUUCGUUAGGAGAGCGCUGUUCACGGUCGGUUUGUUGCUGCGGCAUUUUAAUUUCACGGAUCCUGAGGUGAUCGAGGGAUUGGCGGACAACAUCAAGGAUCAGGUGUUCGAGACACUCAACUACUUCGUGCACCUGGACAACGACGACAUCAGACACUUCACGCUCUCAGCCAUCGGUUCCUUGUGCAUACGUCACUACGAGUUCAUGCUGCUCCCCGAGCUGAAGGAGCUGUACCAUCACAUGCUCACGUCGGAGAACGCGUUGGUUCACAUGAGGAUCCAGGUCUUGAACAACAUUGAGGUGUACCUGCAGGAGGAGGACAAGAGGAUGAUCAAGCAGGACAUGGAGUGGGCGAAGAUGUCGAAGCAGGAGAAUCUGAAGGAGAUGGGGGACGUCUCUUCGGGGAUGGCGAGCACUGUCAUUCAGCUGUACGUGAAGGAGAUCCUCGAAGCUUUCCUCCACGCGAACGUCAGCGUUCGACACGCUGCUCUCAAGGUAAUCCAGUUGAUCCUGGCUCAAGGUCUGGUGCACCCUGUCCAAAUAGUACCUUACCUGAUCUGCAUGAGCACGGAUUGCGAGAAGGCGGUAAGCCACAGUGCCGAUAAGCAGCUGCAAGACAUCGAGAAGAAGUACCCCGGCUUCAUUCACAUGAAGUCCCAGUUGGGCAUCAAGCUGAGCUACAGACUGCAGGGGAUUCUGCAACCUGACGUCACGGUGAGGGGUAUGCGGGUGAAGGAAGAUGAGUUUCCAGGCGCGUUGAACGGUUUCCUGUACACCAUCCUGAGAAACACCAAGCAGCAGAGGAGAGCCAUCGUGUUGUCCUUCCUGAAGCAGUUCGACGAGUCCGCAAAGACGAGCCUGUCACAGAUGCUCUACCUAGCCGACAAUCUCGCUUACUUUACAUAUCAAGUGCAAGACGAGCCGCUGUUCAUCAUCCAUCACAUAGACAUCAUCAUCUCCAUGUCAGGUACGAACUUGGUGCAGUCAUUCAGGGAGGCAUUGCUACCCAAGGAGGGGAGCAACCAAUUGCAGCAGCAGCAGCAACAACAGCAGCAGCAGCAGCAGCAGCAACAACAACAACAACAACAACAACAACAACAACAACAACAACAACAACAACAACAACAGCAGCAGCCUAUGCAAUCGAUGUUACCGCCGCCCAAUCAGCCACACAUGGUGAUAGGUCCAGACGGUAUCCCGCGACCAGAGCAGCUGUUAUCAGUCUUGGACGAUGAGGAGGACGACGAGGAAGACGAGGAAGUCCUGCUGGCGAGGGUACCAGACGACACGACGCUGCUGAGGGAGUACAUCACGGCCAGCCAAGGCUUUCUGCUUCUCCUAACGCUGAGGCAACACCUGAAGGACCUCUACGGCUUCUCCGAUCAGAAGAUCGGCCAGUACUCGCCGACGGAGGCGGCGAAGGUCUAUGAGAAAGCCGUGAACCGUAAGAGUAACUUGUUGUUCAAACCAAAGGCCACACUGCAGAGACUGAAGGGGGGCGUGACCAACGCGGAGCUGGACGACGACGGCAGGAGGAACCUGGUGAAGGAGUACCUGGACUUCAAGCAGCUGAUGCUGAAGUUCGACCUGGAGGAGGGCGAGGAGGAAGGAAACGAAGACACGAGUCUGAAGCAAACCGCGGAGCACGCCAUGGGAAAGAUGUCGAACUCCGAGAUCGAUGGUAAGCUGGCAGACGGCAGCAUGACCAGCAACGUGAGCUUGAAUUCGACGAUGGAGCAUCCUAACAACUCGGUGAACUCGAUGGCUGGCUCUGGUCCGGUGUCCAUGACACCAGUCCACAACACGUCGCACCAGAUAACGCCACGCGUGCCCAAGCUCACGAUACACGCCCACCCGGAGGCCAAGGAGCAUCGCAAGCAUCGCGCGCACAAAACGGAGAAGGUGAAAAAACACAAGAAGAAGAAGAGGAGAAGAAUCUCCGACAGUAGCGAUAGCGAGGACUACAGUGACCCUGACUUUCUAGUGUGAGUGCGGUGGUGUCCGCGCGCUGUGUACAUAUAUAUAUGCUGUGUGUGGGUGGGUGUGUGUGCGUGCGUGGCAGGCUUCGACCUUAUCGCGAUAGAUCGAUUGCACGGGAACGACCAGUGCCGGACGCUCGACAAAAUGGCGCCGGGAAACGCGCGCGCGAGAAAGAGAGAGAGAGAGAGAGAACGAGAAAGAGAGAGUGGGGACACAACACGAGCAACACUGUGUACAGAGGACGCUGGUGCUCUGCUAGAUGUGACUAGAGAGAGUAUGUGUAUAUGUGGUUGUAUGUAUGCGUGUGUGUGAUGCAAAAAUGAAUUUUAAAUAACGAUCGUCCGAACGAUCGGCGAUCCUAGGAUUAAUCUUGUUGGCUAGGACACACACACGGUGGAUGCGCGUCUAAGAUUUCUCGGUCCAUGUACGUUCGAAUUGCUGCAGAAACUUGGCGGAACUUGGUUCAGUUAUUUUUCGUUUAUUACGAUCAUCGGACUAAUUCAGAAUGUUCUUUGUCUCAGGUGAGGUUAGGAUAUAAAUUUUGAAGUCUGUCUACCGAGAAAAUAUUAAUGUUGGGUCAUAGAUUCACGCGAAAGGAGCAAAAAAAAGUUUCGCAUUCAUUUCACUGUUAGAUGAAUAUUUAUAGAUGAGAAUGUUAUUUUCCUUUGUUACGUCGCAGAUCUUAGACUAGCGCGCACGCGCGUAGCCAUCUUGCCACUUCCGUGCGCAUCCUAGAACGCGCGCAAAAAAAAAAUUCAACUUUUUUAAAAAAAAAAAAUGAAAUUUAUAUCUUACUUAUAUCGAAGUCUGUAAGCUGGUAUUGAUAUUUCUUUAGUAUCUUCUUUGGUUUCACUUCUAACCUCGCUUAUCUCUGAAACAGGUUAUGUUCGUUCAAAAUCGAAGCUGUUUUCACAGAGACUCGUUACUUCGAAUCAAAUCAAAGCUGUUUCGUCGGAAAUUUAAGUUUUAAGAAGUUUUAAAUUUAAAUUAAAGAACAAAAAAAAAAAGCAGCAGGCGAACGAAAGGAAAAUUUAUAAAAUUGAUUUUAGCGAAUUCGAGCUGCAUCGAGCAAACGUCCGUUAACAGAGCUCCGAACCAAGUUCCCUAUUCGUGAGAACCCGAGUGCGACAGUUUUCGCGGUAGCGAGUCACGUCCGAACAAAGUUGUCUGUGUAAAUACUAUUGAAUAAUAACAGCAACGUUAACACGAAAUGUUAGUUUUUCAUUUACGUACAGCACGACGGGAUUCGGGACAAAAGAAACUAUCCGUAGCGUGAAGAAAUUCGUUUAAGAGAUAUCGAUCGACCCGCUAACAAGUCAAAGUAAAAGAGAAUGGAACUCGGGGGACAACGACGAGAAGAGCCACAACUGAAACUCGGAUGAACGAAAGGGAUACAAGGGGGCAAACGAAAACUGAUAAAAGUAUGAGAAGGUCGGAUCCGUUAGACUUGCUCCACGGCAUGUAUAAUAGAAGUGUGUAGUUAAAACAAAAAAAAAAAAUAUGAAAACACAUUGCCUAUGCAUUACGAGAACGUUGUUUGUAAUAUCUGUACAUACAAAUUUCAAGUAAAGUAAUCUUAUUUUCUUACAAACUAUAUAGCGGUGACAUUACGAAGAAUACUUAAGAUUUUGUUGUAAUAUUAAGUAUUUAUUCAGAAUUCAUGUUGUCCCAAUAUAGUUUGCUUUAUGCACUCGUCUUUGGUGUAUUGAACAAAGAACAAAAAAAAAAAAGAAGUAUCGUUUUUAUACAAGCUUAGGAGUAAACAAAAAAAAAAUAUUGUAGCGACUCUUACACUCUCGACGGGGAAGCUGACGACGGCGGGGCGGGGAGGGGCCUGCGAAGCGACGAACGAGAUGAGAAUGUUAAAAAAAAAAAAAAAAGAAAGAAACAAACGGAAAACGUGCGAGAAUAACCUGUGGCGCGGUUUUUCAAACUCCGAUCUCGUUUCCUCUGUGUCUGUGACGGUUCUUGGAUUGAGGUCGUUCAGGAUUCGGGUGAAAACAAUUUUUUAUCACGUUUGUAGAUCGAACGAGCAGCUGUGAUCGUAGCGAUACAAAAAGCAGCGACAAUAUCGCUAUUGCCACCGCGGUGAUUCGUCUUUUUUAUACGUUUAUAGAGCCAACUAGCUGCCGUUUAUAAUUAUCAACUUUGUAUGCAAUCCGCUGAACGACUCGAGUCCAAGCCUCGAAUAAACACACGCGUAUGUGCACCGAAAGAAUUGACGGACCACGAAUCGAAAACAUGAGCGAACAUGCGUAUUUUUUGGUCACCGUGUAGUUUGAAGAUUGUAGGAGGGGCUGAAAGUCAUAGUGGUGUGAGUCGAGUUUUUUUUUUUUUUUCUAUUUGGAGUAUCGACUUGUGUGGAUAGAUGCAAUCUAUGUAUGUAGGUCAGAGGAAAAUAUUUCUCAGAAUGAGGUAAAUAUGGGUUACACCAAUAUGGCGUCCAGGCCCUCGCUCGUAGAGUAGAAGUAUCAAGGGAGCAAAGUGUCAGAGUUAAAUCGGGACUUGUCUAUAAUUAAUGGGGCUAUUGUUAAUGAUCCUAGAAGAAGGCAAUAUUUAUUCAGUAUUAUUCUUUUUGUUACUUUCGAAACAGUAAUUCGAUCGAAAUGGUUUCGUUGAAUUAUUUGGUCCCUUCGAUACUUACACUCCGCAGUCGUCAAGGCUGACUUGGACAGGGAAGACUGAUUACUGGAUAAUCCGAAAACCACAAUUUAUUAGCUCUGAGAGAUUACAAAUUAUUGAAUCGUAACUGUACGUUAGAAGCAUAAUUAUUGUGAAGGUAAUCACGAAGUAAUCGCUGUCCAAUUCUGGGAGGAAACGAUCCGCGUUUUGAAAAGACCAAGCGUUCACUUUGGGAAGAUUGCCGCGCUCUUCACGGAUCCGAGGGUCAGUCCGCGGAACUUUGUUAACGAACGCAAGCUGGCGAGGUUCUAAGUGAUUACGCUUCCUUUUCGUUUUACGAUUUAAAGUAGCACUUUAUUGGGGCCCAGAUGUACAUUCAUCUAUAUCACGUCAAUAAAUCUGGCAGCAAAAGGA